UCACCAGCUCUCCCUGCAGCCCCAGUGAGAAGGAAGGAAGGGAGGGAGAAAGAUCUAGUUGGAAGUCCCCUGCAAUCCCUGGAAGGCACCUGCCUGCUGAUCUCCUGUAUCAGGCAGGAAGACAAUAGGCGGUGCACACUGUGUAAUGUGUGUGUAAUGCUGAUGAUCGGAAUCUGCACUGCUACAAGACAAAAGGCUGCCUGCUGAUGUGAUGUGCUGUCAUCGGAGAGGUGGGAGGCUGAGCUCGGUGCAGCAUUGCUGGAAUGGGGACCCACAAGGCGGAUGUGGUGUGAUCAAGGCAGGAAUCCAGAACAUCUCUCGGAUUGCCAUCUGAUCCCUCCCCAACUAUACAGUCCCAGCAGAAGGAUGAGCUUUCCUGGGCUCCAGUGCUGUCCCUACACAUGGCAAUGACAGUGACGCCUGCACACUAAGAGCCAGCUAAAACUCUUUGAAGACCAGUGGAAAAUUAUGUAAGAUUUUCAAGACAUUGGAAAUAUACAUUUUAGCAAUGUGGACACACAAGUGCAUGGCAAAGAACUUGAACUCAGAUGGUGAUCAAGCUGACAAGUAUAACUGAAAGCUGCUUAACUCCUGAAGAGAAGUAUAUCCGUCCCAGCAGUGUCACCUUAGAGAUAAUCAAAUGUCAUUCAUAAUCAUGGCGCUUCGCCAGCUGAAAGAUAACUGUUUAUAAUACGGAACUCUUUUGACCACUCCGAUUUUUCUGUUUGCGUCCUCUGCACUAUAAUGGAUUAUUGGAUAAGCUCAAAAUCCCUGAUUUACAUUCUACAUGUCAUGUAGAAUUCAGCUAUGUGAACAGUCAACUGCAAGCAACUGUAUUUCCUUUUUUCUUUAAAUACAGUUCUUCAUCUGAAAUCUAUUACAGAGCGAUCUCAGCAUAAAAUGUUAACAUUGCUAAUUUGAAAAGGGAAGCAAUAAGCGGAAAAAAAAAAAAUCCUUUCUGAGCAAACAGAGGGUUGAAAAUAUUGUAAAGUUCAAGAGUUCAGUCUUAUUUGCAACUGCUGCAGCUCUGACACACCUCUCGGCUCUCAACCUUUGAGAAAGGUGUAGUGUUGAAACAAAUCCUCUUUGGUAUUUUGCCUGUGAAAGAAAGCUGAAGCAAAAGAAUCCACAAGAAAAUUCAAAUGUUAUGUAACUGCAACCUCAAGGAGCUAUAGGACAUGGAAAACUCACUGUCUACUGCACCUUACACUGAAAAUUUGAACAUAAAUGAUGUGAAAGCAGGGACUACUCCGAAAAUGACUUGUGAGUAUGGUAAUGUCUCUAGUGGUGGGGUGGAGGCCAGUGGCGGCUCAGUGCAUCAUGUGGAGGCCAAUGGUGGAUACAGUCAUAAAACCAGUCUAGCUGUGCAUGCCUUGCAUAACUUGGAGAGCCCAGAACAAAUAUAUAUCAAUGAUGCCGAGGACAUCUCAGUUUCAGAACCACUCAGUGAAGGGAGCAUGGUGUUGAGUGGAAGCCAGUGGGAUAUGAACAAUGAAUUUGAAGAGGAUAUUGAGGAAAGGAGUAUAUCUGAAUCUGUAUCAAUCAGUGAUAAUCUGCAGGACCAAGUGCAAAGACCACAGUGGGAAAGCAGAAAAAAGGAAGACUUUGGCAACCAUGACCUGGAUAAGUCUAGUUGUAAUCAAGAAGGGAACAUACCAUUAUCCACUGAACCUCUGGGAGAGCCAGAUCUUGUGAUUGAAGUGACUGGGGGGCAGAGAAUCAGAGCUCAUAAGUCCAUUUUAGCAGAGAAAAGUGACUAUUUUAGAGCUCGUUCUUCAAGAGACAUUCUUAAGAUUAAGGGUGUAAGUUACCAGACUUUACAGUUGCUUGUGGAUUAUAUAUAUAGCAUGAAGCUUGAGGUGAAGCAAGAUAACGUGGUUGAAGUAAUCAGUGGGGCAAAAUUUCUACAGAUCCCUUGUGCUGUGCAAUGUGCCAUGGAUAGUAUGCGAUCCCAGAUAUCACUCAAGAAUUGCUAUCAAGUACUUUACAUUGCUAAAAAACAGAGAUUGAAUGAGCUUAAAGAAGCAGCAUACAAAUUCAUGAGUGACAACUUUCUUCAGGUUUUGAGAGAUCCAGCAGUCUAUGGCCGACUCACUGGGGCAGAGCGAGACCUGAUUCUGCAACGCAGAAUGGAUGGAAAACAGCAUUUGGUAGUGGCAGAAAUCAAUGAUGCCUUUGAACGACUGAGUAGUAGUAGUAGACCCCAAAGCCGAGAGAGCAGCAGGCCCCAGAGUCCCUCCUCAGUUGUGUCACUGGAGGAUGAUGCUACGUAUCAGGUGCAGUGCUAUAAUGAAAGUACUGGGCGCUGGAGAUCCCUGACUAAGUUACCAGAAGAAGUAAACACUAAAGGCUGUGGGGUGUGUGUUCUUUAUAACUAUCUAUUCCUUGCCGGGGGCAUUAAAGGUAGUGGUGAAAGGGCAAAACUUUCAGACCGAGUCUUUUGCUAUAACCCGUUAACUGAUUCUUGGGAAAAGAUCCGACCACUCACACAGCCUCGUUCCCAGCUAAAACUUUUGGCCCUUGAUGGCUAUCUGUAUGCUAUCGGGGGUGAGUGCCUCUUCACAGUGGAAAAGUAUGAUCCUAGACUGGACCGUUGGAGCCUAGUAGCACCCUUACCUAAGGGUGCAUUUGCUGUGGCUCAUGAAGCUACAACCUGUAAUGGUGAAAUUUAUGUGUCAGGUGGGACUCUUUUCUACCGUCUUCUGAAAUAUGAUCCUAAAAGGAAUGAAUGGCAGGAGUGUCCUUAUAACAAUAGUCGAAGGCGGUCUGCUGGUAUGGUGUCUCAUAAAGGCUGCAUCUACCGUUUUGAUGUAAGCCGGGAGCAUGGUCUUAGUGUGUUCACCUACAACUCCAUAGCCAGGCAUUGGAGUGAAGGGGUCAACCUACGUCCUGGCCCAGGACCACCCACCCCUAGUUUACCAUUCCGAUGCACAGUGAUCGGAGGUAACAUCUAUUGUGUAAAUCGUGUUAUCACCAUGAAAGUACCUUUACCACCAGAGGGAAGUGGGGGAAAUAUGUGGAACUGUGAGCCAGAGCUCUCCCACUCUCCAGAAGAGGCUAAGGGGGUUCUUUAUCCAUUUGUUCUGUAUUUGCCUGAAAGCAAGCCAAUUCAUUAGCAGCCUAAAUAUGCAUACUUAUAUUUCUCCAUUGGCAUGUCUUUAAAUGUUCAUUAAUUAAGAUAAUCAAAUACAUACAUAUAGACCAAGUCCACACAGUACCACAAAGAAAUCAUGCAUGUCGCUGUACAGGUACCAUGGAUAACUAAGUAGGCAUCUUUGUACAUUAAAACCAGCACAUAAACCCUUAUCAGGAUAUUAUUGCAUGUAGAAAGUGAUUUUACUGUGUUUAAAAUGAGCCAUGUGGUGAGAACUUAAAAUUGUAGUGAAGCAAUCAAAUGCGGAAGAAAUUAUGUCUGAAAGACGCUACUAAAUCUUGGAACUUGCAUUGAAUAAACUGUACUAACUCUAACUUUCAUAUACUACAAUAUUCCAUACCUAUAUCAUAAGAUAUGAUCACUAACAAUUAAGCAUGCCUGAUUACACAAUUGUAGGUAUUAUACAGAGAGUAAAGUACAGCUGAGACACACAGCAUGUAUUUUUCUCGCUUGAAAUGAAACCCUUACUAGUCUAUGCUUUUAGUGCUUGCAUUGCUGGACUGGCCAAAUCUUGCUGCUUGCAAAGGUUAUGCAUGCAAUUGGUGACAUUUAGUUGCAGUUUGGCAGAUACUAGUUAUAUGUGAUCACACAAUGAACUUUGGCUUCAUCUAUAUGUAAGCCACGUGGGAAUUAUCUGGUGCUUGAACUGAGUAGCCAGGUUACCAGGACCAAUGUUUUUUAGUUGAUGUUUGUAGAUAUUUGCAUGUAAGUCAGUAACAACUAUCUUCCAGUCAUGCUUCCCACAUCCAUACUGCUGCAAGGAUUGUUGUUACAGUAGCUUAUCUCCGAUGGGGUCAAACUGUGAUCACAGUUCAUUGAUUCAAAUAUAAGUGCUCUUUCGAGUACAAUUUUAUUUUAAUGGGUGGACUUGAUUUUCUGGGGUACUAAAAAAAAGAGAGAUAAUGGUAACCCUGUUGCCUGUAAAGUUACCGUGGGGGGAUAUAGAUCAUGAAUACACAUUUGAUUUAAAGCUAAACUCUGGGCAAAGGCACACACAAUUAUCCAGACAGAUUUUUGUUCAAGGCACCUAUGACAGACACCAGGUCAGCCAGGUCUCAGAAUCUUUCCAAAGACUAUACUGCAGUUAAAGUGGUUGUAAAUUUAUGAAAUUUGAUCUAAGCACAUAUAUCUGGAGUGUUUACUUAUCUCUCUCCAAAGUUCUAAGUGCCAUUUUUUUUGUGCUCCUUUCCUCUAUUAUUAAAGGAACUUGUCAAUUCUGACAAGUUCUCAGACACAUUAGAUAACAGCAGCUGAAAAUUUGUGUCGGGGAGGGAGCUUAGAGGUAGAUAAGCAGAGAGCUUGUCUAAUCAGACUACAGCUCUGAUUGUUCCUUUGUUCCUCUGCCUAUGUGGAGUGGGGUUGUGUGCCUUUCCUCCAACCAGCAGUUGCACAGUGUAAGCCCAGUAUCUCCACCCACCUCUAUGUGCUGCUGAAAAAAGAAGAAAGAUUUCUAACACAAUGUGCACUUUCUAAAGGGUGUAGAAAAGAUAAGACUGCAGAUAUAC